CAAAAUUCCAUUUCCACAUAUCAUUCAUUCUUGUAUUACGGGUGAGUAGUUAGAGACGAAAUGGUCAUUUUUCUAAUCAGAAAACCUCCAUUAUAUGUAAGAUUACUAUUUGGAAAGUCAGGCUGAAGCUGGGAGGGAGACUCGAGUACCAGCUGAUCGCCAAGCGAUUAGAUCUUUUAGAUAAGGGACAUCGAAAUCGCGUCUUCCGCAUCGUGAACCCUCUAAAACGAGACAACAAAACCCGAUCGAUUCAAAUCCCAUCACUACUACAUGACCACAUCAAUUAAUUACAAGACAUAAAUCUCAGCAUGUCUCAUUCAUCCGACUCCAACAGUGGUGAUCUGGUCGAUGGCCAACUUCUCGACGACGAAAUAACAUCUCUUCAAGCCCAAAGUAAACAACCCCACCACGUCCCAAUCCCUCAUACUAACAUGAAAAGUAUCAUCUCUCCAAGCGCAAAGAAAACUCCAAGCAAGCGCAAUUCUCUCCUCUCAAGCCACCAAAGCAACCCUCCUCCGUCUCCAAAAGUCGCAACAAAAGUCCAGUUCCCAGUCCCGAGAAUCAAGCUCCCAAUCCACUCCAUCCGACAUACCCAGCGAUACCAAUCCUCUACUCUCCGCAUCAAAAGACCAAUUAUUGCACAACCAGCAGAAUCUAUACCGAGCAUGUGGAUCCAUAACCGCCUUUCGAAUCCGUGAUCCAGACCCCAAUGCUGUCGACAAUGGAAAUGUCCUCGGUAUACGAAUCGACGUAUCAACCUCCGGGAAAUUCAUAACACCGUUCUACGUCAUAUUGAACAAACCAUUUCCAAACUCCCACUUAUUACGAGUCCAUAGACAUACACUACCACCAUACAUCCCACUCGCCGAACUAGCGCAAAGACAUCUACCCACCGGCAAAGGCGCCGUCGCAAUGAGCACCUCCAAAAAAACCGACGGCGCGAAGCGACAAGAUCUCAAGCGCUUCGUAAGGGCGCUACGGAAAGAAGUCGUAGCGUAUCAUAACCGCGUUACUGCCAUCAAGGGUCUGAGGAAAGAGUUCAAGCUCGAUGAGAAGGUGUCGGCGAAGGGGAAGGGCAGGGAAAAGAUUCUUGAGGAUAUUAGUGCUGCGGAUGCGGAGGCGAAACAAAUAAGUCUUCGAUGGGUUGAUGGGAAGGUUGGACGGAUCGUGGUGGAUGAUGGAGGACCUGUUGUGGGAUGUGUGAUUAUGGGGCCAGAAGGGAGGGAUAGGGAGACAGAACGCGCCGUUUUGAAAGGGAAAAUGGAGGAUAUUGGGGAGGGAUUAAGAGCGGGGAUUUAUUGAUUGAUGAAUUCUUGUGAUGCCGCGAAUUUGCAGAGUUUGACUGGAGUUCAUGUUUUGCUGGAUGUUAGGCGAUACCCUUGGGAUGAUUUGUUUUGCUUUGCUUUCUUGCACAUAUCGUGUGUUUCUUCACAGGUUGUAUUUAUGGUUUCUCUGAGAUGAUGGAAAAUAAUUGCCCCG